AAGUAGAAGUCACGUCCACGAUUGAAAACACACAAAAUUAAACCAAGGACCAUUUGUUUGGUCGUGACACUGUGGUUUGGUCUAGCAGCGAAACGUUGACUCUCUAUCUCUCUCUUUCUCCGGGUGGAUCCUCAUUGUCGUGUCCUCCCAGAAGUAGUGGAAACACAAGUACGCAACGAACGCUACCACGACAGCAGCUGUGUGUAGCCUCCACAGCCCCAGCAGCGGCAGCAGCAACAACAAAAACAGCAGGACUUGUUUUCGUUUUCUUCUUCUUGGCAACGUGUUUCUACAAAACCAGCCACCGUGGAUACCAUAGCGUUGCCCCUCGGUGGAUUAUCUCAUGUUAGGAUGGCUCUAGCGAGAUUGCCGGUAGUGAGUGACUGUCCGGCAGGGCAGACGGCUAGAGUCACCUCCAACCUGCACUCUUCCAGCAGCACAAUGGCGGUCAGUCGAGUGCCAUCACCCCCUCUGCCAGAGGUCAACACACCGGUUGCGGAAAAUUGGUGUUACACUCAGGUCAAAGUCGUAAAAUUCAGCUACAUGUGGACUAUCAACAAUUUCAGCUUCUGUCGGGAAGAGAUGGGCGAAGUGCUGAAAUCCUCCACCUUCUCCGCCGGUGCUAACGACAAACUCAAAUGGUGUUUGCGCGUGAAUCCAAAGGGCCUGGACGAGGAAAGUAAAGACUACCUCUCGCUCUACCUGCUACUGGUGUCCUGCAACAAAUCCGAGGUCCGGGCAAAGUUCAAAUUCUCGAUCCUGAACGCUAAACGGGAGGAAACGAAAGCGAUGGAAUCCCAGCGGGCGUACCGGUUCGUGCAGGGCAAGGAUUGGGGCUUCAAAAAAUUCAUCCGGCGGGACUUUCUGCUGGACGAAGCCAACGGUCUCCUGCCCGAAGACAAGCUCACGAUAUUCUGCGAGGUCAGUGUGGUCGCGGACAGCGUCAACAUUUCCGGUCAGAGUAACAUCAUACAAUUCAAAGUGCCAGAAUGUAAACUAUCAGAGGACCUGGGCGUCCUGUUCGACAAUGAAAAGUUCAGCGACGUCACGCUAGCGGUCGGUGGACGAGAAUUUCAAGCACACAAAGCAAUCCUAGCUGCCCGUAGUCCCGUGUUUGCGGCAAUGUUCGAGCACGAGAUGGAGGAACGCAAACAGAACCGCGUGGCAAUCACCGACGUCGACCACGAAGUAUUAAAAGAGAUGCUCCGGUUUAUCUACACCGGUAAGGCUCCCAACCUGGACAAGAUGGCGGACGAUCUGCUGGCCGCGGCGGACAAGUACGCCCUCGAGAAGCUAAAAGUGAUGUGUGAAGAAGCGCUCUGUGUUAACCUGUCGGUGGAAACGGCCGCCGAAACGCUGAUCCUAGCCGAUCUGCACAGCGCCGACCAGCUGAAGGCGCAAACGAUAGACUUCAUCAACACCAGUCAUGCGACAGAUGUGAUGGAAACCGUCGGCUGGAAGAACAUGGUGACGACGCAUCCGCACCUGAUAAACGAAGCAUUUCGCGCCCUAGCCACCCAGCAGAUACCACCGAUCGGUCCUCCCCGCAAGCGGGUCAAGAUGAGCUGA